AUGGAAAGGUCGAAUCUCGUGAGAGCAAUUCCUCUAGACUUUGUGAGAAGAUUCUCCGACAGUGAGCUCCUUGGCAAGAUGAAGAUAACUGCAAAGUGGGGAGCCACUUGGGAAGUAGAAAUCUGCAAAAACCCAGGAUUCUUCUACAUGGAGAAGGCUGGAUGGAACCGGUUUCUGAGGGACAACUCUUUGGGAGACGGUGAUUUACUGACAUUCACUCACAAAGGAGCCAUGUGUUUCACUGUGAAGAUCUUCAAGGAGAUACUCCAACCUCCUCAACCCACAGCCUUGUUUGCUUCUUUUACUAAGAGUCGUAACAGGACAGAAGAACAAAGGGAGGGUGUCUCCAAAGAUGUAAACAAAGAAGCUGAGGAAGAAAGAACAAGAGGAAGCUCGAGAAUGCUGUGGUCAGUGUCCCGAGAGAUUCUGGAGUCCCCUCUUCGUCUACUGGCGAUCAAGAAAGCUUUUGCAAAGGAUCAUAUGCCGGCGACGAAUGCAACGUUCACGAUACAUCAUCCGGAUGAGAAGAAGUCGUGGAGUGUGGGUUACUUGCCGAGGAUCGAUCCAAAUGGAAGGAUCGCCGUUAGAUUCCCGACGGAGGAGAAUCAUCCGAUGUUGAGAUCACGGCGUUCUCGUUCCCGUCACGGCGCACAGGCUUGCGCCGUUAUGUCUGCCGUCCUCCUUCUCGCUUCCGUCUCUCUUCUCUACACGCGUCUCUCACUCUUCUCCUCUCACUCGCCGAACCACCUCCGCUCCGGUCCAGGCGAGGACGCAGUUUUGUUCCCGGAUUCCCUACUCGUCUCAGAUUCUGACGUCGUGGAAACCGGAGGAGGAAGAGGAUCCAGUACCUCAAGCGAGGAUAGAAUCGACGAGCACGACGAUGCGAUCGAGGACGACAGAAACGACGGCGUAUCGAACGAGGAAGAUGAGAAUCAGGACGCGGAGCAAGAAGUGGAUCUCAAUCGGAAUAAAGCUUCCUGUACUGGGUUUUACUUCGAUCACGUUACCGGAGUCAUCAGAAGAGCUUUCAAUAAACGAUCGAUCGACGAGUGGGAUUACGACUACGCAGGUUUCAGUAUCGGAUCAGGAGCCGCUUCUGAUGAUUCGAGCUCGGUGGAGAAGAGUAGAGCUGCGUUUGGAUCUGACGAUGUUCCUCUGGACGAAUCGAUUCGGAGGAAGAUCGUGGAGGUUUCGAGCGUGGAAGACGCGUUGCUACUGAAAUCGAGCAAGAGGGUGUCGCCAUUGAGAGAAGGCUGGGGAGAUUGGUUUGAUAAGAAAGGAGAUUUCUUGAGGAGAGACAGGAUGUUUAAGUCGAACAUUGAGACGUUGAAUCCAUUGAACAAUCCGAUGUUGCAGGAUCCUGAUGGGGUUGGGAUCACUACAUUGACGAGAGGGGAUAAGGUUGUGCUGAACUGGAGGUUGAGUGAGAUCAAGAGAAACCCUUUCAUGGCGAAGAAGCCAUUGAGUGUUGCAGAGAAGAAAGAGACAAAUGAGCUUAGAGAGAGUAGAAAAGGGAUUAGGUUGCAGAAUAGUGUUGAUGAUAGGAAGAGUGAGAUCAAGAGUGGUGAACGUAAGACAUUAGAUGAUGAUAAGAAAAUCGAGACAAAGGAAGUGGAGAAUGUGGUGCAUGAUGAUGAGUUCAGAGAUCAUAUGUAUGCAGAUGGAACGAGAUGGGGGUAUUACCCUGGAGUGGAACCGAGCUUGUCUUUUUCGGACUUCAUGGAUUCGUUUUUCAGAAACGAGAAAUGUUCUGUGAGAGUGUUUAUGGUGUGGAACUCACCUGGUUGGAUGUUUAGUGUUAGGCACCAAAGAGGGCUUGAGAGCUUACUUUCUCAGCAUCGAGAUGCUUGUGUUGUGGUUUUCUCGGAGACAGUCGAGCUCGAUUUCUUCCGAAACAGCUUUGUGAAAGACGGUUAUAAGGUUGCAGUCGCAAUGCCCAAUCUCGAUGAGUUGCUGCGGGACACUCCUACUCACGUAUUUGCUUCUGUAUGGUUCGAUUGGAGAAAGACAAAGUUUUAUCCUACUCACUACAGUGAGCUUGUUCGGCUUGCUGCCCUUUAUAAAUAUGGCGGGAUUUAUCUGGAUUCUGAUGUGAUAGUUUUGGGUCCUUUGUCCUCACUGAAAAACACUCUCGGUGUGGAGGAUCAAGCAGCUGGUGAAUCCCUGAACGGUGCUGUUAUGUCCUUCGAAAAGAAAAGCUCAUUCUUGCUUGAAUGUUUGAAUGAAUACUACUUGACAUACGAUGACAAGUGUGUGCGAUGCAACGGAGCUGAUCUCUUGACUCGGGUGGCUAAACGGUUUCUGAACGGGAAGAAUCGGCGUAUGACUCAACAAGAGCUGAACAUUCGACCGUUCUCUGUUUUCUUCCCAAUCAGCUCACAGCAGAUAACGAGCUAUUUUGCAUAUCCUGCAACAGAGGAUGAGAAAUCGCAGCAAGAGGGAUUGUUCAAGAAGAUCAUCAAUGAGUCCUUAACGUUCCAUUUCUGGAACAGCGUGACUUCAUCUCUGAUCCCUGAACCUGAGAGCCUCGUGGCUAGAGUUCUUGAUCAUAGUUGUAUACGAUGCUCCGAUGUAUUAUAA